AUGGCAAAUACCCAACCUUUGAACAUCACCGUCGGAGUUUUAGCUCUUCAAGGUGCUUUCAAUGAACAUAUUCAAUGUCUCCGUUCCGCCAGUGAAAUCCUCGCCACUAAAUCCAAAUCCAAACUCCAAUCUACGUCAAAAUCACCAAAAGGAGACUUGCCCAUUGAAUACAAAUUCAUAGAAGUACGAAAUGAAGCCGAACUUAAUUCAUGUGAUGCACUCAUCAUCCCUGGUGGUGAAAGUACUGCCAUUUCACUUGUUGCUCAAAGAUCCGGUCUUCUCGAGCCUUUGAGAGCUUAUGUGAAAUAUCAUCGCUAUCCUACUUGGGGAACUUGUGCAGGUCUUAUCCUACUUGCCGAGUCUGCAAACCGUACGAAAGCCGGUGGCCAGGAGUUGAUUGGUGGUCUCGAUGUUAGAGUGAAUCGUAAUCAUUUUGGUCGACAAGUAGAAUCUUUCUCGGCCAAUCUAGAUCUACCAUUUCUUUCAUCUUUAGACCCGACUUCAUCAGACGUGGAUCCUACUUCUACCCCUCUUUCUACUCCAGAAGACAAAGAGAAGCCUGCACCUUUCUCUGCAAUAUUCAUCCGAGCCCCUAUCGUGGAGAAGCUCCUCCCCCACGUUCCAGGUGCCCAAAUCUCAGAAUCCACACUGGAUUCCACAGUUAUCGCACCCUCUCUACCAAUCGACUCAAAAUCUAUCCCAAACCCUGAUACUAUCCUCUCCGCUCCUGUGGAAGUCCUCGCCACACUUCCCGGUCGCACGACCCAUUCCAACCCAGAAAUUCAAGAAUCACUCAAUAGCGAAGCAGGAGAUAUAGUAGCCGUUCGUCAAGCAAAUGUUUUUGGGACAUCUUUCCAUCCAGAACUAACAGGUGAUGCGAGGAUUCAUGCAUGGUGGUUGGAACAGGUUGUUGAGGAUGUUGUCAAGAGAAGAGAAUUGCAAACUUCAUCUUGA